GGGGACGCCAACGGGCCGACGGGGCGCUGAGGUGAGGGGCGCGGCGGGGGCUGCCGGGAAGGGGGCGGACCGCGGACCGCCGGCAUGGCGCACAAGCAGAUCUACUACUCGGAUAAGUACGACGACGAGGAGUUCGAGUACCGGCACGUGAUGCUGCCCAAGGAGGUGGCCAAGCUGGUGCCCAGGACCCACCUGCUGUCGGAGUCGGAGUGGCGGAACCUGGGGGUGCAGCAGAGCCAGGGCUGGGUGCACUACAUGAUCCACGAGCCAGAGCCCCACAUCCUGCUGUUCCGCCGGCCGCUGCCCAAGAAGCUGGAGAAGUGAGCGGGCCCAGGCCCGCCGAAGCCCCCACCGAGACUGCACCUUCCUCCUCCUCGCUCCCGGGGGGGCUUCACCCCGUGACCCUCGGGGCCGCCUGAGCGCUGCCCGGGGGGGGGGGGCUCGGCCCCAGUGCCGGGGGGGGCCCUUCCUAACGCCAGGCCUGAGCACACACUGAAGCUUCAAUAAAUGGAUGUUUGGGAA